AAAAGUGACGGAGUGUUGUUUACCAGCUGCGUCCACGCGCGCGGUGAGGUGAAUAUGGGGACAGGUGAGCUAAGGGGCAGGGUGGCAGGUUCUGAGGGCAGGACUGGCAGGACUGGCAGCUUCAGUGAGAUGGAGGUGAACCGAGGGAAAGAUGCUGGCAUGUGCCUUUGUGGUCAGUGCGGCCUGCUGGAUUUUUCCGGGCAGAAGACCCGAGGAGCACAGAUGGCUGAAAGAACCUAUCAGCUUCAGAGUGAGGCUGAAGUUGUGCUGUCUCUGUUCUGCACUGGAGGGAUUCCCGCGUGCGUUAGUGUGGCUGGAUGUAUCACGGAGCAGAGCAGUAUUCUGGGCGGUACUCAUGGGACUCCUUCCCCUCCAAUAGCUCCAGCAGAGCAGCAUGGGCACCAAGCUCCAGCCGCAACUGGGCUGCUCCAUCCAGGGCCAGUGGAGGAGUGUACCAGCCCCAACACCCAGGCCUGAACCACACAUCAGGAAGAAACCAUCAUAAAGCUUAUAACAACAGACCUCCAGAGUUGAGCAGGGACAGAGCUCAUGGUCAGCACAGAGAACGAGGCCCCGGGAGGGACAGAUCAGCCCCACGUCCCUGGGUUCCAAACCACCAGAACCCGGAUCGGGCCGCUGUUAAUGGCUACAGCUCAGGGUGCGGAGGAACCGGCUCCAACAGCAACAAUCACGCUAACCAGCCUCAGAAGUAUGGAGGCCCUCACCAGCAGCAGCAGCGCCCCCCGCAGGCACAAGGAGAGAGAUGGAGUCCAACGUCCCCAUCCCGGCCCUUCCAGAACCCUUCACUCAAGCGGCCGCCGCCCCCACACAGUGACUCAGCCCCCCACCGAAACCCCUCACCGUCCAGAGAUGACUGCCCCAGCAAGAGGAGCAAAAGCAACAGCUCACACCAGGAUUUCCCUUCUAGAAUGAAACAUCCUAUGAACCGUCCACCUAUGUCCCAACCUAAUCCUCGCAACUGGAGUCCCCCCUAUAGGAAUGCUGCCCCCUGGAGUCAGACAAAUAAGGGACAUUCUCCUUCUCGCUACCAGGAAUCCAGUCAGUCCAGCAACAGAGAUCAUUCCCACAGGACUCAUCCCACCUCCCCUGCGCUCAGCGGCCCCAGCCAGGCUUUUCCAAAACAAGGCCACACCCACCACCCCAGAGACCAUCCGGGCCUCCGUGGAACCAAAGGGGACUGGGGGCGUUCUGCUCCCCCCUCACCAGCAGACUUCACCAGAGUGCCUUACAGCCCCCAGCACCAGCCCCCAGCGUCCACACACAGGCACCCGGACAGCAGGUCCAGCAGUGUGAAAGCGGUGUCACCCACGCUGGCCUGGAAAGCCCAGGAACGCCCGGCUAGACAAGACAGCGAGACUAGGCGCUCUGGACCGGGUCAGGAUGGCCGACAGCAGCCACAGGGAAUGAAAGAGGAAGAGAAGCGGCAUGGCACCUCUAAACACACCCAGAGAGACCACUGCAAGCGGCGAAGUCCACCUACAGAGGCCUGUACUGUCUCUCCAAGCCCUGAAACUGGUUCUGAUUCUCAGAAGACUGAGGGAAAAAAGAGCAAACUCUCCAAACACCAGAGUCCAUCUAAGUAUGUCCACUCCAGCUCCUCCACCCACAGCAACCAGGAGAGCCCAAUAAGCAGGCAGGAUGUGGAUGUGCUCAAACAUAGCCAAUCCAAAAAGAGACACAGGGAGCGUGAGAGGAGGAAAGAAAGGAAAGGCGAGGAAGCGAGGGAGAGGAUGCUGAGGAAACUGGAGGCAAAGAAGAAGAAAAAGGAACGAGAAGAAGGAAGAAGUCAUCGGGAAAAGAAAGGGGUGCAUAGAAAAGAAGAGAUGGGGUUGGGACAGAGGGAGAGAAAAGUUAAAGAUGGCAAGAAAAAAGAGAGGAAAGCAGAGAAGGAUGGCAAGAAAAGAGAGAAAGACCGCAUUAGAAGACACACGUCUACCCAAAAUCCAUUAUCAGGCUCUCUAAUGAACCAUCCUGUUUCAGCCUCUUCUGAGUCUGCUCCAUCUCCCCCUCUCUCACACACUCCACUGUCAUCUCCAGCCCACGAAUAUGUAGAGAACAGAGAAGAGGAGGAGAGCAGCUGCCAUUCCGACUCUUCACACACCUCAGGGUCCGACGCACCCUCCUCCACCCCUCCAGCCAAUCAGAGCCAUUCUCCACCACAUCCAUCAAAAAACACUGCCAAUAGUAUGACCUCAGACAGUGACGACAGCCUGACUUCCUCAGAGCCUAAGAGUCUAAACACCAGCAGCUUCAAGAGGCCUCAAGAGGAGCAGCCUGACCUCAACGUUUUUACCUCCAAUCCACCUGCUAGCAGUGAGCAGCCUGAUCCUAAAGCAGCAUUUAAUGAACCCACUGCUGGUUUCGAGAAGAACGUUCCCCUACAGGCUGAGCCAAGGCCCCAGCGCGCUCCAGACCUGUUACCCGCCCAUGGCACCUAUACGGAUGAGCAUCUGCGUCUGGAUCCCUCCGCCAGCCCUCCUGUCCUGAGCUGGCAGGGCUCCCCUGUCUCAGACCUCAGCGAGGAAGAAGAAGAUAUCAUGAUGAGAAGGCCAGUGCUCCAGCCCAGCCCUACACACACCUCUCCAAUCCGAGAGCCAGAAGAGACCUGGAAAGAAUCUGGAGGUUCCUGGCCAGACUACCGCCACAGUGACCUAGCCAAACUCUAUGGUUUUGAAGAGCCACCUAAGGUUGCAGAAGAAGAGGAGGAUGGGGAGCUUGAGGUAGAACAGCAGGACAGCAGCACAAUCAACUCUCAGGCCUCCCAGAGACCCCACCUGCACCAGACUGAUAGCGCCUCAGGUUCAGGCACCCACAGAUACACCUAUAGAGGUGGACCGUUUGGCCGGCCACCUCCGAACCAAUUGGCUGGGGUCAAGUAUUCUUCUUCUCUUUCGCUGGGCCCAGAAAUACAUCCUCCAGAGCAGCAAAGCCCAACCUCUGAAUCGCCAAUUGCUGUAACUCCAUUGGCCAUGUCCCCAGCUGUUCUGUCCCCUACUGGUCAGAGCUCAUCUGACCUAAACCCAACUGUUUUGACCCCAGCUGACCUGCCCUCAACUGAUCUGUCCUCAACUGAUCUGUUUCAGAAUGACUCAUCCUCAUCUGGCCUGUCUCAAACUGACUUGACUGAGAGUGAUCUGGUUUCAGGUGGUUUUCAGUCUAGCCUCACACAAACUGAAGUGAUUCCAACAGGUCUUUCCCAAACCGAUUUCACCCCAACAGUUCCCGGGUCAAGUCAGUCCCCUUCCCAGUGUCCCUCAGAUUCGUCUUCAGAUCCUGAGGAUGACGAGAAGGUCAAGGAUGAGAAAGAGGAGGUUGAAAGUGUCCAAAUGGAAGUUGGAGACAACUUAAUUCAAGCAGUAGAACCACACAAUAAACCUACCUGUACAUCUCUGGAGGAGGAGAAAGAAGCAAAGACCAUGUCACCCGCAACCCUGCAGGCCAAACUUGCCCACAGCUGUGAGGUGCUUUUGACCCAAAGCCCUAAUCACAUCACUGUUCCAGUCAGAAAGGAAAAAAGUGGGAAAAAAAGAUCUAAAACCAAGGCAAUCAAGAAAGCAUCUGAAAGAGUUCGGAAUAAGAAAGGAGAGAAAGAGAAGAGUCCAAAACCAAGUACUGACAGCAAUGAAGAAGGUUCAGAUGCGAAAGAGGUUGCGGGAAAAGGACGUAAAAAGCAAAAAGCAACAAUUGAGAACGAUGCAAAAUGUAGCUCUCACAGUUCUCUGCCUCAUUCCUCUACUACUGGUGGCCAUUCCAAGCAUCUCAGGAACAACCAGGCGACAGUGACUGUAGAAAACAUCAAAUUAAACAAAACAGCAGAGAGAGGAAAAGCUAAAGAACAUGGGAGAGGUAAAGAAGAAAAAAACAAACCUGCAGAAGUGAAGGUGAACAAAAACAAAAAUGGAAAAGUGACCACAAAAACAUCCACCCACUCGAACGUCUCCUCUGGUGCUAAUAUCUGUUGUAAGCCACCCGUGCUUAGCAAUGAUGAGUUGCUGAGGCUGAAGGCCCUGUGUACCAUACCCCUGAAAGAGCUGAGAAUCCACCUGGUUAAAGUGGAUAGCAAUGGGAGGCAGCCCUUCAUUGCCUCAAACAUUGAAUCGAAGAGGAUCCCAAUCAAGGAGAUCAGCAUCAGUAACUCAGCAGCAGAGAUCAUCGGAGCCUGCAAGGAGGUAAAUAUUAAGGGCAAGUUCCGUGAGUCCUAUCUGUUGCCUGCAUUGUCAAUUAAGCCUGUGUUACACCCUGACUCUCCAAUACCUCGGGAAAAGCUUAAUCCUCCAACACCCAGCAUCUACCUCGAGAGUAAGAGAGAUGCAUUUUCUCCAGUUUUGCUUCAGUUCUGCACAGAUGCCAAAAACCCUGUUACUGUUAUCAGAGGGCUGGCAGGAUCCCUCCGCCUCAAUCUGGGUUUGUUCUCCACCAAGUCCCUGGUGGAGGCGAAUGGUGAACAUGCUGUGGAAGUGAGGACUCAGGUGCAGCAGCCAGCUGAUGAGAACUGGAACACAGCUGGCUCAGCUCAGACUUGGCCAUGUGAGAGUAGCCGAUCCCACACCACCAUUGCCAAGUAUGCCCAGUAUCAGGCCUCCAGCUUCCAGGAGAGCUUACAGGAGGAGAAGGACAGUGAAGAUGAGGAUGAAGGAGAUAAGAAAUCAACUGAGUCUAAACCAGAAGCUUUGUCCAGCCCUCCUUCUGCUCCCAGCACUCCCAGCUCUGAUCAGAAAUCAAUUGGGAAAAUCAUCAAAUUUGGAACCAACAUUGACCUGUCUGACCCUAAGAGGUGGAAGCCCCAGUUGCAGGAGUUGCUGAAGUUGCCAGCAUUUAUGCGCGUUUCUUCCACUGACAACAUGCUGAGUCAUGUGGGUCACACCAUACUGGGCAUGAAUACAGUGCAGCUGUAUAUGAAGGUCCCGGGCAGCAGAACUCCAGGCCACCAGGAGAACAAUAACUUCUCCUCUGUGAACAUUAACAUUGGCCCUGGAGACUGUGAGUGGUUUGCUGUGCAUGAACAUUACUGGGAGGCCAUCAAUGAUUUCUGUGAGAAGCAUGGAGUGGACUAUCUGACCGGCUCUUGGUGGCCAGUCCUGGAAGAUCUAUACCAGGCCAACAUCCCAGUGUACCGCUUCAUCCAGCGGCCAGGAGACCUGGUGUGGAUCAAUGCUGGCACUGUGCACUGGGUACAGGCUGUGGGCUGGUGCAACAACAUCGCCUGGAACGUGGGCCCUCUCAACCCAUACCAGUAUCAGCUGGCUCUGGAGCGCUUUGAGUGGAACGAGGUCAAAAAGGUCAAGUCUAUUGUUCCCAUGAUUCAUGUCUCCUGGAAUGUCGCCCGUACAAUCAAGAUAACAGACGCGAACACUUACAAAAUGAUCAGGCACUGCCUCCUGCAAUCCAUGAAGCAUAUCCAGAUCCUGCGGGGCCAGCUGACAGCGGCAGGGAAAAAAAUCUCCUACCAAAGCCGAGUGAAGGAUGAACCGGCCUACUACUGCAACGAGUGUGACGUAGAGGUGUUUAACCUGCUCUUUGUGACCAGUGAGAACAGCAGCAGAAAGACGUACGUGGUUCACUGUGAGGAUUGCGCUCGGCGGCGCAGCCCCGGCAUGACCGGCGUGGUGGUGCUGGAGCAGUACAGAGUGGAGGAGCUCAUGAGUAUAUACGAUAACUUCAGCCUGGCUCCUAUGCCGUUUUCUAAAUGAAGCCGAUGUGUGAUGUCACAGCCAUAACCAAAUCCCUGCUGAUCAUCAGCAGUGCCAACUUUCAGUUCACUCAGUUUUCUUUCUUUAAUUUUUUUUUUCUUUUCUUUUUUCUUUUUCUUUUUUACAAAAACCACUACUGCAAACUCUCUCUCUCUCUCUCUGCGUAACCAAUCAGCACAGCUGUUUACUCAGUACUGUUUACAGACAAGCGCAUUAGCAGCAGACGGUUCUCCGGCUCAGUCGUCUUCCCCUUCACCAGCUACUGACAGGACGAGGUGUUGUAAUGCCUAAUAACAGCAUUAUGGCAGCCAACAAGUAUUUCGGAGUGACCAGUAAGUUGCCACAGACCUGGUGCACACUGGACUCGUAAUGUGAACUGUGUUUUAAAAACUCACUUUCAGGUCAUUCGUCCACAGAGGAAACUGCUGUGAUUUUUACAAUAUUGAGAAAAAAAUAAAUAAACACACACACACACACAGAGUCAACUUGCCGAACACGUGAAUCGAUUCAGGUACUAUUGUAGAUUACAUUUAUGCAAAUCUGUAGAAAUUUUUCACCCGUCUGGUUACAUAUCGGUGUCUCGGACUUUGCUGAACAAGUGGUGCUUUGUUACGACACGAACAGCAGGGGAAUCGUUUCUCCUUUGAAGGAGCUAAUGCUAAUUACGACAGUGGCAUUAUUUUGGGUGUUUUGUUUGUUUUUUUACUGUUAUGAUUGUGUUGUGUCAUAUUUACUGCGACGCUAAUCUUUGUAAAUGCUGUUUGCAUAUUUACCUGGGUGCUAUUUUGUUCUUUUUUUUUUUUUCAAUUUUACAAAGGUUUUCGAUGAGGAAAAAAAAACUUUUUAAACAGCCUACAAUUACACCAUUUUGGCCUUUUGUGACUUGUGUAUUUAGAAGAAAACAAACAAAACAAGCAGUUAUGUAAUAACAAUUUGCAUAUUUCUCAGAGCAUUAAUAAUUAAUAUUUUGUCGCUGUCAUGCAAAAACCUUGUGUCCCUAUUUUUUUGCUUUUCUCUUUUUGACACAGUAUGAAUUUUACAUGGUGGAGCAAUAGCAAUGCUCUAAAAUAACUGAAAUAAUACGAUCUUUAUACCGUGAUUUCUGUUAAAAGUUAAGAAGGUUCUUUCUUCUUCUGUAAAGUUGCCAUUUUAGAGAUACAAGUUUUUUUGUUUUUUUUUUGCAUGGCAGCGAUGAUUUGCAGACAAUAAAAUGUACGUCACAAAUCUCUCAAAAUAUACGGGUUGAAUUUAGAAACGUAUUUGGUUGCAUUUGUCUAGAAAACCUUGUGAGUGUUUUGGUGAAUUUUUUGUAUUAACAGAAAAAAACAGAAUCAUUCCUGUCGAUUUUAUCCUGUUCCUUAAUAACUUCAGUCGAAUUUUGUUCUUCUUAUUCUAUCUUUUUUUAUUUUGUUUGUUUGUUUGUUGGUUUGUUGGUUCUCAGAAUUGAAUUCCUGAAAUUUGUUCACUGAAUUGUGGUUUUAUUUAUUCGACUGCUUCUCACGUAUUUAUUGAACAUACAUGGUGCUUCUCGUCAGUGAGGCAAGUCCAGAUUUUGUAAAUGUUAUUUUUUUUCCUUUCCUUAAAAUCGUGCUAUUGUUUGGGCAGUGCCGAGGUCCAGAAAAGGGGGAUGUCUGAUUCUAUUAUGGUGCUCGACGCCCCCUCCCUCCCUGUUCCCCGGCCUGCCACUCAGUGUAUAUGAUCUAGAAAAGAUAAGUACAUGAAUAUAACAUUAAUAUCUCACAGCUUGGUGCUUAGAACAGAGUCUGUACACCUUUUAUGCCCUGAAUGUCUUUGUACUGUAUUCGAAAGAUAAAAAGAGUUUUACUGUUUUACUUUUACGUUACAUGGAAUACAAGAUAUUGUGAUGACGUGUGGAUGACAACUAUCAUAAUUGCUGUUCUGUAUGACCUGUACGAGCUUUUCCGAGCGGCAGAUUUCGACGCGCCGCGGUUGCUUUCUCUGUCCACUCCUCUCCGAGUGUGUCUGUCAGGUUUACUCCACUUUUGAGUUACGACUUUACUGUAUAAACAAAAAAAAAAAGAGAAAAUGAAAAAUAAUGAACUGAGCCAGACCUGUCUUAAACACUCGUGUGAUUUUGUGUGUCAUAAUUCAUAUAAUAACUAUGACAAAAAAAAAGAAAUAAAACAAAUUUUGAUAAAUUCA